UUUGCAGGUUUAGAAUUUCUAUUUGGGGUUUGGCCUCUUCGUCACAGUCCAUUAUAGCAUUUACCACUAGCUAAGAUUUAGAAUAAGGUUGUGGUCGCCGGACUAUUUUUACCUGGUCAUCAGAGACUUCACUGAUUGGACAUGGAACAGUUAAAGCUCUUAUAGAGGCUAAUUAGAAAAAUGAAAUUGACUCCAAGAGAGGUAGAUAAAUUAGCUGUCCAAAGUGCUGGAUUCCUUGCACAAAAGCGUCUGGCUCGUGGCCUGCGGCUCAAUUACACUGAAGCAGUAGCACUAAUAGCAACUCAGGUCCUGGAGUUUGUUAGUGAUGGUGAGAAGACUGUUGCAGAGUUGAUGGACAUUGGAAAACAACUUCUAGGAAGGAGGCAAGUUCUUCCAGCUGUUCCACACCUUUUGGGCACUGUUCAGGUUGAGGGGACCUUUCCUGAUGGAACAAAAUUAAUCACCAUUGAUGAUCCUAUUGCUAAAAACGAUGGAAACUUGGAGCUAGCUUUACAUGGUUCUUUCCUUCCAGUUCCUUCUCUGGACAAGUUUUUGGGAGCUGAAAAUUAUUUAGUUCCUGGUGAAAUAAGGUUUGGAGGUGGAGAUAUUACGAUCAAUGCUGGAAGGAGAACUGUGAUUCUUCGUGUCGUUAACACUGCUGACCGGCCAAUCCAGAUUGGAAGCCAUUAUCACUUCAUUGAGGCAAACCCCUAUUUGGUUUUUGAUCGAGAGAGAGCAAACGGUAUGCGGCUGAAUAUUCCUGCGGGAAACGCUAUCCGAUUUGAGCCAGGGGAGACGAAAAGUGUUAUACUUGUAAGCAUUGGGGGUCGUCAAGUGAUCAGUGGUGGGAAUGCCAUUGCUGAUGGUCCUAUUGAGGUCUCCCGGACUGCAAAGGUGAUGGAAGCUGUACAUUCUAAAGUCUUUAGGCAUACUGCAGAAGUAAAUGUCAGAGAAGGUGUUGUUGGAGAAGAUUCUGCUCUUACUGUGGUAAUUUCCCGUGAGGCCUAUGUUAAAGUGUACGGGCCUACUACUGGUGACCUAAUUAGGCUUGGCGACACUGAAUUGUAUGCAGAAAUUGAAAUGGAUUUUACUGUUUAUGGUGAUGAAUGUAUAUUUGGAGGUGGAAAAGUCCUACGGGAUGGAAUGGGGCAGGCUUCUGGCUAUCCACAAUCGGAUUGUCUGGAUACUGUUGUCACAAAUGCUGUGAUUAUUGACUAUACAGGAAUAUAUAAGGCUGAUAUUGGUAUUAAAAGAGGACUGAUUUAUGGUAUCGGAAAGGCAGGCAACCCAGAUGUCAUGGAUGGAGUCUCAUUUGAUAUGAUUGUCGGGGUCAACACGGAGGUUAUUGCAGGAGAAGGAAUGAUUGUAACUGCAGGGGCCAUAGAUUGUCAUGUCCACUUUAUAUGUCCUCAGUUGGCAUUCGAAGCAAUUUCUAGUGGUAUCACAACAUUAAUAGGAGGUGGAACGGGACCUGCUGAUGGGACACGUGCAACUACUUGUACACCUGCACCAUUGCACAUGAAAUUUAUGCUUCAGUCAACUGAUGACUUACCUCUCAACUUCGGCUUCACUGGUAAGGGAAACAGUUCCAAGGAAACUGGAUUAGCUGAAAUUAUCAGUGCUGGAGCAAUGGGUCUGAAGCUGCAUGAGGAUUGGGGAAGUACUCCUGCUGCAAUAGACAACUGUUUAAGUAUUGGAGACAAAUAUGAUAUUCAGGUUAAUAUCCAUACUGACACCUUGAAUGAGUCUGGAUGUGUAGAGCACACAAUUGCCGCAUUUAAAAGUAGAACAAUCCAUACUUAUCACAGUGAAGGUGCAGGUGGUGGCCAUGCUCCAGACAUAAUCAAAGUGUGUGGUGAAAAAAAUGUCUUACCAUCGUCGACAAACCCAACACGACCCUUUACUUCUAAUACUGUAGAUGAGCACCUUGACAUGUUGAUGGUCUGUCAUCAUCUCGAUAAAAACAUUCCUGAAGAUGUGGCAUUUGCUGAAUCUCGGAUACGGGCAGAAACAAUUGCUGCGGAAGACAUUUUGCAUGAUAUGGGAGCCAUCAGUAUUAUAGCUUCUGACUCACAGGCUAUGGGUCGUAUUGGAGAGGUGAUAUCCCGGACUUGGCAAACUGCUCACAAGAUGAAGUUGCAGAGAGGAUCUAUUGAACCAACCCCAACCAUGAAUGACAACUGCCGAAUCAGACGAUACAUAGCAAAGCACACUAUAAAUCCUGCAAUAGCUAAUGGAUUUUCUCAAUAUGUUGGUUCAGUUGAGAAGGGGAAAUUGGCUGAUCUUGUUCUCUGGAAGCCCUCUUUCUUUGGAGUAAAACCGGAAAUGGUGAUCAAAGGUGGUACAAUUGCGUGGGCUAAUAUGGGUGAUCCAAAUGCUAGCAUCCCUACUCCGGAACCGGUGACGAUGAGACCUAUGUUUGGUGCAUUUGGCAAGGCGGGAAACUCAAACUCCAUCGCUUUUGUCAGCAAGGUUGCCAAAGAUGCUGGAAUAGAAAAGGAGUAUGGACUCAAGAAGAGGGUAGAAGCCGUAAGCAAUGUGCGGAGACUCACCAAAUGUGACAUGAAGUUGAACUGUUCACUCCCCAAGAUUGAGGUCGACCCAGAGACGUACAUUGUGAGAGCAGAUGGUGUGGUUCUCACCUGCAGCCCAACCACAACUGUUCCACUGUCACAAAAUUACUUCCUCUUUUAAUCUGGCACAGAGCAAUGUCUUGAAACACCUUCAGAUCAUUGUUUCUUUUGUUGCAAGGCAAAUGGGAAACAUAAUAAUGUAGUAAACCUGCCGAAAAUAAUGAAACAAUAUUUAUGGAAUUCAUAAAAAAAAUUUGUUUCGAUA